CUGGGCCCCGGGCAGGGAGCGCGACGGUGAAACCGGGCUGGGAGACGGGGCCGCCGGCGCUGGGCACGUGGGCACUGCCCCCCCACCCCACAGGCCCUGUCCUCAGUGCACCGCGGGUCGGGAGCGGUGGGCACUGGCCAGAGGCUGAGGCAGGGCGGGCAGAAGCCCCACACCGGCUGCGGAGCCCCGGUGACGAGUCCCUGAACCCUGUAGCCUGCCCUUUGAGGGACCAGAGGGUGACCGCAAACCAAACCAGGAAGAGCAGGUACAUCCGCCCCGGGAAGCCAUGCCAAACCUCCCCGAGGCCUCUGCAUGGCCUCUCCAUCUGCACAGUGACCAGGACCCAGAGAGCCCCAGGAGGGGGUCCCGUCCGCCCUGGGGGCCAGGCGGCCCGUGGACAACGCCGGAAGCAGACCGCGUGGAGGAGAAGCUGCCCCUGCGGGUGGCGGAGCAGGCGGAGCGGGCAGCCGCAGCCGCAGCCGCAGCCGCAGCCGGAGCGCGCUGCUGGGAGAUGUGGCUGCAGGAGCCAGUCACCUUUGACGAUGUGGCUGUGAAUUUCACGCAGGAAGAGUGGGUGUGUCUAGACACCAGUCAGAGGCUCCUGUACCAGAACGUCAUGGCCGAGACCUUCAGAAACCUGCUGUCCGUGGAUCUGGUCAUCAAGCUUGAGCAAGAAGAAAAGCAGUGGAGAGCCGAGCUCCCGCUCCGUCUCCCAAGUGGAAAAGGCCUCCCUUCCGGCAGUGGGAAGAAGGCGCUCGAGGAAGAGACGCAGAGGACGCCAGACGACAAGGAGGCCCUGGCCUGUGGAGGGACAGGCCCAGCCUCUGUGGCCCCGGCGCCCACACCCAGGACACCUGCGCUGCCCGCGCCCCAGGCCGGGCCGCCCUUCCUGUGCCCGCCGUGUGGCCGGAGUCCCAGCAAGUGCGCCAGCCGGCCCAGCCACCCGUGCGUGCACAGUCCCCACGCGGCCAGCAGGUGCGGCCAGUGUGGCAAGUGCUUCCGAAACCCGAGGGAGCUCGGCCACCACAGGCGCACACACCUCGGGGACAGGCCCUUCUGCUGCCCACUGUGCGACAAGACCUACUGCGACGCGUCAGGGCUGAGUCGUCACCGCCGCGUCCACCUGGGCUACCGGCCCCACUCCUGCCCCUGCUGUGGGAAGUGCUUCCGGGACCGGUCCGAGCUCAGACGCCACCAGAAGACACACCAGAACCAGGAUCGGGUGGCCGGAGACCAGAAGCCCAUCGGGACCGUCCCGGGCGCCGGAGCUCAGGAGCGCAGCGACGGGAGCCAGGGGUCCAGCCAGAAGCUUGGGGCCGUGACUCACGCCCUGGUGGCCAGGGCCCGAGAAGCCACGAUGGGAACCCAGGGUCUGGUGGCCAGGACGCAGCCAGGGACUGACGGGAAGCCCGUGACCACUGUGAGACUGUGGGCAGCAGCCCCGGGACCUGGGACCAGGAUGCACACGCCCAGCCCGAGAGCCCCCUGCCUGGACCCCAGGCCCCACGGUCCCCCAGUGAAGCCCUCGAGACUCAAGGUGUUCUCUUGCCCCCAUUGUCCUUUGACUUUCGGCAAGAAAGCGUGUCUCGCCAGCCACCAGCAGGCCCAUGUCCCAGGGCCGCCCCGCAGCUGCUUCCGCUGUGGCAAGUCGUUCAGCUCAUCGUUGGCGCUGGUCAGACACCAGCAGACGCACUGGAGGCAGAAGACUUACCGCUGCCCAGUGUGUGAUGUCUGCUUUGGGGACAGGGACAGCCUCCUGGGUCACUGGGGGGACUCCAGAAGCCGGGACCUGUGUCUGGGCAACCUUCAGGUGUGCUGGGCCAUCCUGGGCCAGUGGCUUAGCUUCUUUCAUGAUGCCCCCCCUUUGUCAGGGAAGGAGAUGGACCUGCCCCGGGACUCAGGCUCCCCGGAGAGGGUGAGAAGGGCUGGGGGGGGACACCGGAGGGGGGAGAGCAGGUGAGCCCAGGCCUAACCGAGGUCUCCUUCGUGUUUGCUUCUACUGAUGCACUUGCAGGGUCCGGGGGCCCCGGAAGAGGAGAGG